AUGUGGAACAUCGCGACGUGGUUUGGCUUAGCGUCUUCCUGCUGCGCUCGGUGUAGGGGUGUUCCUAGAUGGCCGCUGGAAGCUGAUUUCCUGGUUUGGAUAGCUGCAAGCCUGCGAAUCGACCGAGCUCAUCUACGCCCAUUCUUGAGCAGCGCUCUAGAAGCCUGCCUCAAUCAGCACUGGCAUGCCGUCCAUAAAAGGAAAGUAGCUCAUAGUUCUUUGACCUCAAGACAGACCGUCACGCGCGCCCGAGAGAGGUUGCUGCUCAGCGGCGACGGCACCGUGAAGCGCAGCAUAGUACAUUAG